AUGGGCUCCGAGACGCUUCUAUUCCCCCGGCCUCAAUUUUUCAAAGGUGCAAGAUUGAACUUUGCCGAGAAUCUCCUCUAUCCGGCCAGCUCUCCUGACGAAGAUGCUAUCGCGAUCAUUGAAGUCACCGAGGUAGAUCGCGAAUCCAUCUCCUGGAAGAAUCUUCGGGAACGUGUUCGGCAAUGUGCCAAUGCAUUGAAGACAGCUGGCAUAGAAGAAGGUGACAGAGUUGCAGGUUUUUUGGGGAACCAUGCUAAUGCAGUCGUUGCAAUGCUGGCGACGACAUCCAUCGGAGCGUUCUGGACAGGCGUUUCACCGGACACAGGAGUCCAUGCUGUCCUUGAACGUUUGAAGCAGAUUGAGCCCAAGGUUUUAUUUGCUGAUAAUGCCUCCCUCUACAAUGGCAAAGUACAUGGUGCGAGUGCCAAAACCAGGCAGAUUGUUGCUGAGCUGCCGAAUUUGGAGAGGCUCGUCAUUUUCGAUACUAUUAGAUCACAUGGUGUCAGCCUGGAAGGGCUCUCACCCAUAAAGGGGGAAGCAUAUACAUAUCAGGACUUUCUAUCUACGGCCAGCAACCCUUCGGCCCUCCUUGAGUUUGCAAGCUUGCCGCCUGAGCAUCCGGUCUAUAUUCUCUACUCCUCAGGCACAACCGGGGCACCAAAACCUAUUGUGCAUGGCUCAUUGGGGACGUUGCUGCAACAUAAAAAAGAGCAUGUGCUUCAUUGCGAUAUUCGCGCUGGGGACCGCUUGUUCUACUUCACUACGAUCACCUGGAUGAUGUGGCAUUGGCUGGUAUCUGGUCUGGCCAGCGGUGCCACUAUUGUCCUUUACGACGGUUCACCUUUCCGGCCAUUAGACCUGGAAGGAGGGAAUGGGGAGAUGGCCAUGCCACGUCUGAUUGACGAACUGAAGAUCACCCACUUCGGAACUUCUGCCAAAUAUCUCUCUAUGUUAGAGCAAGCCGCUCUCAACCCAAGAAAGCAUCCUCAUCGUCCAGUCACUCUACAGACCCUGAAGGCGAUUUUCAGUACCGGGUCGCCCUUGGCCCCUUCGACUUUUGAGUACGUUUACUCCUCGAUUCACUCAGAUAUCAUGUUGGGCUCGAUUACUGGUGGCACCGAUAUCAUCUCACUCUUCUGCUGCUGCUGCCCAAUUCUGCCCGUCUACAAGGGCGAGAUUCAAUGUCGGAGUCUAGGAAUGGCAGUUUCAGUCUACGACUAUGCUGGCAACGAUAUUAGUGCCACCGGCGAACCUGGUGAUCUUGUCUGUACACGGCCAUUCCCUGCACAACCUGUCAUGUUCUGGCCACCGGGCCCUGUCGGUGCAGAGAAAUACCGCAAGAGUUAUUUCGACGUUUUCGGACCGUCAAUUUGGCACCACGGUGACUUUGUGCGUGUAAACCCACAAACCGGCGGAGUUGUCAUGCUAGGCCGAAGCGACGGUGUUCUGAAGCCGGCUGGCGUUCGCUUUGGCAGUGCGGAAAUCUACAACAUCCUUCUGAAGCACUUUGCAGAUGAAGUAGAAGACUCCUUGUGCGUUGGGCGAAGGAGAGAAGGGCUGGAUACGGAUGAAACCGUGGUACUGUUCGUGAAGCUGGCAUCUCGAAGCGAGCCUCUGGGAAGCAUGCCAGCUGAUCUUGCAGGACGCAUACAAGCGAUGAUCCGCAAGGAAUUAAGUCCUCGACAUGUCCCGGGCAUCGUCGAUGUCUGUCCAGAAAUCCCAGUGACGUCAAAUGGCAAGAAAGUCGAGAAUUCCGUGAAGCAGAUUCUGUGCGGUCUGAACAUUAAGAUUGGAGCCAGUGUUGCGAACGCUUCGUGUCUCGACUGGUAUCGCGCAUGGGCGGCUGAACAUCCUUAG